CUAUUUUAACUAACCUAAAAAUUGUUUCUGCCGAUUUUGAACGUUAAAAAUGUUAUUCUACUCGUUCUUCAAGUCCUUGGUGGGUAAGGAUGUCGUGGUGGAGUUAAAAAACGAUUUAAGUAUUUGUGGCACACUACACUCAGUAGACCAAUAUUUGAACAUUAAGCUUUCUGAUAUAACUGUGACGGAUACAGAAAAAUACCCACACAUGUUGUCAGUAAAGAACUGUUUUAUAAGAGGAUCAGUGGUGAGAUAUGUCCAAUUACCAGCUGAUGAAGUAGAUACACAAUUACUUCAGGAUUCAGCUAGGAAAGAAGCCUCUGCUCCUACAAGAUAAUUUUAGUUGAUUUAGAUGAAUAUUUAAUUUUAAGAAUAAUUACUGUAAUUAAGUAAAAAUUAAGAUUAUA